GAGGUCUCCCGGAACCCUAGAGUGCCGACUGUCAGAGGGGCAAGUGGGGCGGGUACGUGUGCUUGCAGGAGUAACCCGCUUCAAUUUCACUUCAGCGCUUUCUGGAUGGUGGGUAAGGGAAACAUUCCUCCUCCCGACCUGGCAUGCUGGCGCUCAAGCUCGCGCCCGCCCGGGCUAGACCAAGAAUGGAACGGGCGAGCGCGCGUGCGAGAGGGUCCAGGCCGGCGAGGGUAGGGGCGGGAGAACGACUCGGAACCCCUGUCAGGUGGAGUCCGGCCUCCCGGAAGCACUUCCCAAGAAGGAGAGAGGGCGGACCUUGCCGGCGGAAGUGGCGCAGCGUCAGGGAGGGGCGCGUUACCCUCGUCCGGCUUCUUAGGCUCUGCGGCGGCUCCGGCUCCGGCUCCCCCUGAAGUGACGCCCCCCCCUUCCCCGCCCGACUGCUGCUCCGGCCCCUCAGCCCCCAGUGACGCGCCAUGGGCACCCGAGACGACGAGUACGACUAUCUCUUUAAAGUUGUCCUCAUUGGAGACUCUGGUGUGGGGAAGAGUAAUCUUCUGUCUCGUUUCACUCGAAAUGAGUUUAAUCUGGAAAGCAAGAGUACCAUUGGUGUGGAGUUUGCAACAAGAAGCAUCCAAGUUGAUGGGAAAACAAUAAAGGCCCAAAUAUGGGACACAGCAGGACAAGAACGAUACCGAGCUAUAACGUCAGCUUACUACCGUGGAGCAGUAGGUGCCUUGCUGGUUUAUGAUAUUGCUAAACAUCUUACAUACGAAAAUGUAGAACGAUGGCUGAAAGAACUGAGAGAUCAUGCAGAUAGUAACAUUGUUAUCAUGCUUGUGGGCAACAAGAGUGAUUUACGUCAUCUCAGAGCAGUCCCUACAGAUGAAGCAAGAGCCUUUGCAGAAAAGAAUGGCUUGUCAUUUAUUGAGACAUCUGCUUUAGAUUCUACAAAUGUAGAAGCUGCUUUCCAGACAAUCCUGACAGAAAUAUAUCGCAUUGUUUCUCAGAAGCAAAUGUCAGACAGACGUGAAAAUGACAUGUCUCCAAGCAACAAUGUGGUUCCUAUCCAUGUCCCACCAACCACUGAAAACAAGCCAAAGGUGCAGUGUUGUCAGAACAUAUAAGGCUCUGCGCUUCUCCCCUAGAAGGCUGUGUAUAGUCCAUUCCCCAGGUCCGAGAUUUAAAUAUAUUUGUAAUUCUUGUGGUCACUUUUUUUGUGUUUCAUUACUACUUCUGAAUUUCUUUAUGUCUUAAGUCUUUUUUUUAUUUCAAAUUUAUAAAAUCACCUACUUGUCCCAAAUGACUGCAGCUUCUUUUCAUGCGAAGCCUUCACUAGCCUUAGUUUAAUAAAAUGGAUGUUUGAAUUCCUUAAUUAUUGUUCAUUUUCCAUCAGGGUGGUCUGUUGCAAUGGUAUAGCCCUCAAACUUAAGUGCUUGAAGCUUAGACCUUUUGGUUCUGAACAAAUCAAAGAAUAAUAUUUAGUUAAACAUUUUGCCACAGAGAAAUUUAUAAAAAGUGUAUCUCUCCUUCAGUGCAGUCUCUCCAAAUCUAGAAAUUAUGCUAUAUUAUAAAUAGCAAAAUUUUAAGAGCUUCAGAAAUAGUCAUCAUUUGGGAAAGACAAUUUCUAAAAUGCCUUAAUAGGUUUGUGUGUUGUAAUAGUUAAAACAUAUUUUUUCUUAUCAGUUUAAGGGGGGGAGAAGAGAGGAAAACCCACACCAAACUUUUCCUGACUGAAGGAUUUGCUUUGCAGAAGACUAUCAUUUUAUGCAGUUUAGGUAGCUACGUGAUUGGGUAUGGGGAGGAAGGGAGGGUAUGUCAUCAUGUUAAGUGAUGGGCAUGAUAGGCUGUAGACUGAUGGAAUUCCAUUUGUGGUACCUUCUCUGCAGUAAGACCAGGCAGCUUUGAGCUAUCUAAAUGUUUUAAUUUCAUAGUAGCAGAUCAUGCAGCAUUUUAUUGCUUAGGCAAUAAAUAACCUGUACAAUGCUAGAAAUACCAAAUUUUGAAGUGUGUGGUGUUUUUUUUUUCCUUCCAUCACUCCCAGUAAGUAAAAUGUGGCCUCUUUUUUUUUUCACCAAAUCCACCACCAGGUAUGGUUUGAUCAUUUUUAAAAUGCUGUUUUACUUGAUUGUUUUUCAGCAUGUCAUGAAGCUUCACAGUUAAACUUGUCUUUGGUUGCACUAUCUUGAGGAUAUGACCAAAGAUCAAAUUCUAUUAAUGUGGCAUCCAGUUGUGGAGUCAUCUAUCUAUUUUAGUGUACAAGGUAGAAAAACAUCCUAAAUUUAAAUAGAACAUGCUUUAGGAGCUAUACAGUUCUGAAAUGUUUUUUUUUUUCACUACAUUCUUCAAAAGUAGUUAUAUCACAAGUUUCCCAUCUAAAGCGUGCAUUAGUAUUUUGUUGGGUUCCCCCUCUUCUGAGAAUAGUAAGCGCUUAAUCUAAGGUAAUUUAAAGAGCUAUGUCAACUCCAGUGAAGCUGUUAUGGGUGGUAGGAAAUUCCCAGAGGUUAUUCAGGCAUUGAAAGCAUCAGCCUGAAACAUAGGGGCCUACACAGUUUAAUAUAUUUCAUGGCUAAUCUUUUGUCUUUUGCAGUGCUCAUGAAGUGUGAGGCACACGGAAGGCAUUGCUAUAGUCAGUAACUUUGGUUUCCUUUUGUAGCCAUUUUAUUCUUUUAGUGUAUUGGUUCUUUAAGAUGCUAUUGAUCUGUUUGUAAAUUGUUACUUUGUAUUUUAUGCAUGUACUGUAACUUGAUUAUUUUUUUUUUAGAUUUUGAUUUAAAAUAUAUUCAUAUUCUAAUAAACAGUUACAGGGGGACUAUUC